AGCGGGAGGAGUCGCGAGUUGGAGGGCGGUGGAGGCGGAUUUCCUGGGAGGGCUCUCAGGAGCUACCAUGGCGUUUGGGAAGAGUCACCGCGAUCCCUACGCUACCUCGGUGGGUCAUCUCGUAGAAAAGGCUACAUUUGCUGGAGUUCAGACUGAAGACUGGGGCCAGUUCAUGCAUAUCUGUGACAUAAUCAACACCACACAGGACGGGCCAAGAGAUGCAGUGAAAGCCCUGAAGAAAAGGAUCUCCAAAAACUACAACCACAAAGAAAUCCAACUUUCCUUGUCACUGAUUGACAUGUGCAUGCAGAACUGUGGUCCAAGCUUCCAAUCUCUGAUUGUGAAGAAGGAGUUCGUUAAAGAUAUCCUAGUUAAGCUGCUGAAUCCCAGAUAUACCUUGCCGUUGGACAUUCAGAACAGAAUCUUGAAUUUCAUUAAGACUUGGUCACAGGGUUUCCCAGGAGGUGUAGAUGUAAGUGACGUGAAAGAAGUGUACCUUGACCUGCUGAAGAAAGGGGUUCACUUCCCACCCUUGGAUGGAGAGGCUGAGACAAAGCAGGAGGUUGGUCAGAUCUCACCAAAUCGGCCAACACCUGUCCCCACUGCACCUGCUCUGUCAUCUAUAAUUGCUCCCAAGAACCCGACUAUUUCAUUAGUCCCAGAACAGCCACCUAAAGUGACAACAAGCAAUGAUCUCCAGCCACCCAAUUACUACGAGGUAAUGGAGUUUGAUCCUUUAGCUCCUGCUACAGAAGCUGUUUAUGAAGAAAUUGAUGCUUACCACCACAGAGGAGCUCAAAGUAAUAGUGACUGCUGAGAUGGAUGAUCUGAUCAUCACAAAGGGCCAGUCCCUGAUCAACCCUCAUCAACUGAGGCCUGACGGACAAGACCUGCAACAGUGGACCACCUCUCUGCUGGAAGCUUCAACAAGAUAGUUAACACGUCUGGGCUAACACUACUGUUCCUGACCGUGGCUUGGGAUUUAGGAGAACCUGGUUGUAACAAUUUUAACAACCAGCACAAUGGAAACUGCCUGGUACUAGGCCAACUGGUUAGACUGUAGACUCAUGUUGUGCAGGCAUUCCUACCAAUACAAAUCAUGACACAUCUAUUAAGGGUACUUGUAGAUCACUUUACUACAAGAAAGACAUUGUGAACAGAUGAGGACAAGAAAUGAGGAAGAAAAUGAGUGCCUUCAUUUAACUGAAUCUGAAUGUAGAAAUCAGUUUGCACUUGUUGAUAAAUAACACUUUGGUUUAGAACUGCUUUAAAGACUUGAUGACUUGUUUAAUUAUGUUUCAAGUGCCUGAGUAGGCCACUGUAUCAGGUGGCCUUUAAGUAUAGUUCUUUAUAAUAUUAAAACAUUUUUGCCUUUUAUUAUAUUUUACAUUUUGAUUUGAAACAAAGACUACUGGAAAACAGAACAGUGCAUCAUUCGCUUAAAAUUAAAUUACUAUUAAUUUCUCAGA